UUCUCCCCGUAGAAGAUGUGGGGAAGAGACGAUGGGAGAGCCGCGUUCUCCGGUUCGAACGUUGUCGCGCCUGCGCAAUGUUUAUCCCACGCACCAGCACGUAAUGUCACCGUUGAGCCAGUCUGACGCCAGGCGCCGCGAAGCUAUGACGUCACUGGUUCGCGCUUUGCCGACGUACUUGCUUUUCUCGCCAACAACGAUAUUUUGAUGAGAAAAAUCAAACGAUAGUAAGGACAAGAUCGUUCAAUUUUGUAAGUGAAUUUUUUGGUACGAUUGUUUCUCGUGAUCGUUCUUGAAAGAGAAAUAAGAAAGAAAGAUAAAGAAAAAACAAAAAAAAAAAGAAAAUAGAAAGAGAGAAUCCACGAGGACAAUCGGUUCGUCGAAAUCGAAAUAGCGAGAUUCGAUGAGGAUCAAACUGGAACGAGAUUAUAUCGGUAAAGCUCUACGUAUAAGGAAUUCGACUGGCUUUCCAGCAAACUUCUACAGACGUCUCUCGAGGAUUGGCUCAAGUGCGAGAUCGCAACGUGAAAUUAUCAAGAAGUCAUUUGGAAUUUGUACAAAUGUUCUCAUCGACGAACUAAAGUUUCUAUAUAUCCAAAUUGACAUACUUUCGAAAACUUUUGUCUAAAACUUUUUAAGAAUAGAGGUAGAGUAAGUUUUUGUUUUGUAGUAAUAAUAAACGACAAAAAAAAAAAAAAAAAAAAAACAAAAGAAGAAUGAAAAAUUGAAUCGAUCGUAAAAAAGUGUUCGACUAUAAAUUCGAAACAAGUGAAAACCUAACUCGAUUCGAAAUAUUUCGAUUGGAGAUGUAAUCAAUCACUAAGAAUUGUCUCGAAAGACUUUACUCGAUCGAGAGUGAAUCAAAAGGAAAGAAAAAAAAAACAAAGUGAUUUGGAGAUAAGAACGUGUCGAAGGAUAAAAUUAAAUCUCUCGAGUCGAUUUUUUUCAAGUACGUCUUCUCUCGUCUUCUCGAAUUCGUCUAAUAUAGUCGAGCAGCGAUGCACGGUGAACGGUGAGAGUUAUUUCUCCGAGAACGAGAAAACAUAUUUACGUUGUUCGGAUAUUCGUCGAGGGAGAAAAGUUUUUCGUCGAAGGAGAUAAAAAGAAAAGAAAUAAAAAGAAGAAGACGACGAAGGGAGUCGACGAAAAUGGGCAAGAAAAAUAGCAAGCUCAAGCAGGAUACCAUCGAUCGACUUACCACCAAUACUUAUUUCACCGAGAAGGAGAUUCGGCAGUGGCACAAAGGAUUUCUCAAGGAUUGUCCAGACGGUCUAUUAACUGAAGAGGGUUUUAUUAAGAUCUAUAAGCAGUUCUUUCCCCAAGGUGAUCCUUCCAAGUUUGCCUCGCUAGUCUUCAGGGUAUUCGAUGAGAACAGCGAUGGCACGAUAGAAUUUGAAGAAUUCAUAAGAGCUCUCUCUGUUACGUCACGAGGAAAAUUGGACGAGAAGCUGCAUUGGGCCUUUCGAUUGUACGACGUUGACGACGACGGUUUUAUCACGAGAGAGGAAAUGUAUGAUAUCGUCGAUGCGAUAUAUCAAAUGGUGGGACAACAACCACAAGCAGAAGACGAGAACACGCCGCAGAAAAGGGUGGACAAAAUAUUCGAUCAAAUGGACAAGAAUCACGACAAUAAGCUUACCCUUGAAGAAUUUCGAGAGGGUAGCAAAGCGGACCCACGAAUCGUCCAAGCUUUAUCAUUGGGCGGCGAGUAACCGUUCGCUAAAAGUUAUUACAAGGAACGACAGACGAGAUCCUUCGAUCUUCUAUUCGUGUCGAGAGAUUACGUCGUCGUCGAUUUGAUUUAUCCAAAUCCGUGGAAAGGAAGAGCGGAGACGAGAGAAUAUAGCGUCGCGCAUCACGGGGAAAGAUAAUCGAAAUGAAAAGAAGAAAAAAAUAAGAGAAGAAUAUCGAGGGAAAGGUAAAAAAAAAAAAAGAAAAAAAAAAGAAAAAAAAAGAAAAAAGGGACGGAAAGAGAAAGAAGACAAAAACAAAAAAAAAAGUAAUACGAAGAAGAAAUGAGAUGGAGUGCCCAAAAGAUAUUUAUCAACGAUCAUCCAGUUCGCGUCCCAGUAUUUUUCCCGAUCCUCGGCUUUGUUCGCUUUGUUGAUUGAUACGUUUGGGAAAUCACAAUGAUGCUUAAAAUAAGUGUCAGCGUGUAUUAGAGAAAGAAAAAAGGAAGAAGAAGAAAAAGAAGAAGAAGAUGAGGGAGUAAAAGAAUAACAAAAAUGUUCGUUGCGUAUCCUUCGAGAGAAAUAAUAUGGAAUAUAUAUGUCGAGGCUUAAAAAAUAUUAAAGCUUUCUUCGCGGAAAGAAAAACGAUGAUAUUUUCAUCGUUGUGUGGAAUAUUAUCGGCUAAACCGCUUUUCUUCCUUCGUUUAAUCGCGCGAACAUGCACUAGAUCGUGAAAUGAAAUGUGUGAAAGAAGGAAGGAAGGAAAGUCGAGGGAAAUAUCGCGAAUGUAAGGGAGGAUUAGCUGGGGGAAAAGAAGGGAGGGAAACCGUGCCUUCUCAUCGAUCCUCGUCUUUAUCGGUUAUAACGUUCUCAGCGUGUCGUGGAAUAUGCGCGUCGAACGAAUGCGUACUUUUAUCGAGGAAGAAAAGAAGAGAAAAAAAAAGGAGAAAAGAAAAGGUAGAAAGUAAGAAAGAAAGAAAAAGAGGGAGGGAGGGAGGGGGUAAAUAGAGGUAGUCGAGAAGGAAACGAAAAGGGCAUUUAAAGAUAGCAAUAAAAGAGAACAAAAUUUACAAACGAAAGCUUUUCUUCAAAUUCGCGUGUAUUCGUCGAAUAAAAGAAGGAAAAGGAAGAGGGAAAGAAGGAUCGUAGAAAGUUGAAUUUUUCAAGGACGAGGAUCGCAACCAAGCGGUCUCGUCUGUUUUACAUAUUUGUGUCUACCACGAUGAACAGAAAGUUUCUUCCUUUUUUUCCUUUUCCUCCUUUUUCUUUUUUUCCUUUUUUUUCUAUUUCUUUUUUCUUUUUUUAAUGACGCAAAGGAUCGUUGGUGAGUCCUAAAAAAUUGAAAAAUUACAUUUUGAUCUGUCAGUGGCAUCUUACUGUUACACACUAAACG